AAAUACUCCGGAUUCAGCUGCUUCGAUACUCAGUCCUCGUGAAGUCGAAUGGCUCUUGAUUGUGUUGUUAUCAGUAUCCUCGACAAGUCGUUAAUUUAUUAACAUUUUGAGGAGUAAGCGAUAAUAUAGUUUACGUAUGUGAGUGACGAGAGAUUGAAGAAAUGAAGAUGUUUUUGUUUAUGUGCUAGAUGUACCAUUGUCAUUACUUUAAUGUUUGAAAAAUAAAUUAAUUCGAGAAAAAAAUAAAUGACCAGGAAAGAUUUCAAUAUUGCCGUAAAUAGGCUUUUUAACAAAAAAUUAAAAUGGCAGAAACUACUAUAAAUAUGAAUGGAACUGAAUUGGAAUUGGAUUCAAGAAUUAAUGUUAAUCAAAAUACUCAAUCUAAUGGGACCCAUGUAACACACCCACAUACACCUCACCGCUCGAAUAUCGCAGUACCAUUGGGUUUCAAUUUUAAUUCUAUGGAACGUUCCAGAAGAUUUAUAGCAAGCAAUAUUUCCUCAAUGAUAGAAGAAAUCAAUCCAUUUACAAAUUUAUCUAGAUCACAACCAGCUUUAUCUUUACGAGAAUGGUUUACUCCAAAUCAUCAGAGACAAAUUCAACUACGAACUACAACAAAUGAACAUUCAGAUAGCAUUGUUAUUAAUAUUGAUAAUCAACCAUUAAAUUUGGCCAUCGAAACUGUUCAAGCAUCAAACGAUAAUCAUCAGCAUCAUACAUUUACGGAUAAUAUUGUUAAUAAUAUACGAGAGUCAUCGAAUUCAGGAAAUCAGAAUAACAGUAAUACUAAUAAUUCAGAAUUAAAUCCUACCCACGCUGUUACUAUAAGUGCCGAGGCGCGAUUGGUUUAUAAACGUUUUGAAAAUUAUUUUGCAUUUCUACUAAUAUUAUUUACAAAAUUUGUUUAUGACAAUGGAGCCGAAAUUCUUAAUUUCGUAUUGUUAGUUGUAACAUUUGUUCAAGCAAAUAAUGAUUUAAAAAGAGAGAUAUUAAAGCAGCAAAAUCGUAGUCGCCCAGCACUCCUGGGAAUCUUUUGUUAUAUAAUCGGUUGUUUUAUUUUUAUUAAUUUUCUUUUUAAAGAGCCAAUAUUCUUCGCAUAUACACCACCGGUGACAAUUUUACAGCUUUUAUGGACUGUAGCAGUGACCGAUUAUGUUUUAAAACUUAUUACUGUCAGUGUAAAGGUUCUAUUAACGACCUUACCAGUUAAGAUAGUUGCCUUUCAAAAAAGAGGAAAGUAUUAUUUAAUGUUAGAAGCUGUAUCGCAACUUUUUUGUUGUGGUGCACCUCUGAAACCUUGGUUACAGUAUCUAUAUCUAAUAUAUGAUGGCCCUGAUAAAAAUCUUGUCAUUGUACUUUCUACAAUUUAUGCAAUUCAAAAAGGAGGUGAUAUUAUUUCACACAUACAAUUCUUUUUUGAAACUGUUUGGAAAGUAUUACAAAAUGUGAGCAUAGGUAUAUCUCCUUCAAAAGAGCAAAUCAUUGCUUCGGGUGGUAUAUGUGCCAUCUGUCAUGAAGAAUACUCCAAACCCGUGAGUCUUCACUGCAAACAUAUCUUCUGUGAAAAUUGUGUUACAACUUGGUUGGAUCGUGAGAGGUCCUGCCCCUUAUGUCGUGCGUUCAUAACCGACGAUCCCAUUUAUAGGGAUGGCCAUACAACUUAUUUCGUUCGAUUGUUUUAGAUUUAGCAGACGCUUUUCUUUUAAUCAGAACAUCAAAACUCAAAAUUAUAAACCAAACAUUUUUAUUUUGAAAUUCAAAGUAUGAAAGAGAUAAUUCGGCACAAAAUUUUAGUCUUAAAAGUAAUAUAUAUAAUAUAAUAAGCAUAAAAAACAAAUUACGUUCAAUUGUUAAAUAUUAUUAUUGAUAGUGCUAGUAACAUUGAAUUUAGCAUAUUCUGAAGUUUAAAAUUAACAUUUAAAAUACAAUUAUAAUAUUGUAAGUGAGCAUUAGUGGAAAAGACUAGAGCUUCAGCAUCAAAUUUUUACUAUUUUAUAUUUUAUUUUUUACUGUUAUAAUAAUGAUCUUCCUUUAGUCAAGUUUUUAUAAAUAUAACACAUGUUGUAUUUGCAUAAUACUAGUACAUAAAGAUUAAUGAACAGAGAAAUGUAAAUCUUAAAUUAAAAUUCAAAUCGUGAUAAUAUAACAUAAUCUAUCUACAAAAUUUAUUGGAUGAUUGUUUAAUUUUAAUGAAAGUUAUUACAAAAAAGCUAUUGUGUGAUUUGUACAAAAUUGUGUAAAUUAUAUUAGUUUAUUAUUGUAAUAUAUAUUUUUUAAUUUUAGUAUGAUGUCGAUGUUAUAAAAUAUUUUUAAAAAAUUUUGAAUUUUUAAUUCUGAUUUCAGUUAGAAUGUUAACAUUAAGAAAGUUUUUACUUUCAUUCAGCCAGUAAGUUAGAAAAU